AUGUUCGCGCCCAUGCCCCCGCUUCCUGGCACGGCCGCGGCCGCUAGUGGCGCGGGGGCCGACGCCGAGGGCCGUCGGAUCCGCCAGAAGACAGGCGAGGCCCCUACCGUGGAGCUGGACGACGAAGAGUUGACGGACGCCGAAGCGGGCCCUGCUGCGACGGGCGGAGCCGCUCUGACAGUCCCCGUGGGAGGCCGCGCCAAGCUGCCGCCACCCCCGCAAGACCCGUCGCAGAUGGCGUUGGCCCAGUAUAUCAUCAGUGCGGUGACCACUAGCAUGAGUGUGAAGGUGGACGCCGUUGAGGCCCAGGUUGCGGCCUUGCAGGCCACGGUGAACUCCAGCUCGGCCUCCAUCUCGUCCAUACAGGCUGAGCACCGGGCCCAGCGCGCUCGGCUCGACGCUCUGGAGGCGGCCUCGCGGGCCCCGUCGUCAAAUGCCAGCACGGCUGCUGGCCGUGGAGUUCCUCUGCGGCCAGGACUGGGCUCGGGGCAGGCGUGCCAGGCGGACCCGUGGGGCGACUACCUGCGUAGAGGCCCCAGCGACCAGAAUCAGUUCGUCGCUCCCCAGGCCCCGCGCGGAGGAACGAAUACGAAGCAUGUGGUUUUCGUGGCGGGCUUCCCUGGCACGUGGGACAAGGACGAGGUCGAGGCCCACCUUCGAGCGAAGUUGAGCGAGAGGGCCUCACUCGAGUCGCAGGGCAUCGCAGAGAUCUAUGGUGUUGGGCGAUUCUGUGAUCAGGCGAAGGUGGUAUUCGGAAGCAAUCGGCAGAUGUGGAAUUUCAUGAAGGCCUGGAAGGGUCGAAAGAUACCGUGCCAGGGGGCCAAGAAUGACCAGCUGUGGCACAAAGUCGACCAGGAGCCCCGCGAGGUGGAGCUAUCAAGGCGUGUCUCCUACGCCGUGAGGCUGCUCAGAGAAUAUGGUGAAGCCAAGAACCUCUGCACAGCGGACUCGAAGAUGAAGACUUUUGACGGCGACUGGGACCGCGGCCAGGUGGUCUUUCGUCGCAGCGGGAACGAGAGGCCGAUCAGGAUCCUGCAGCGCUUGCGCGCCACGGAUCUGAUGGAGAUCUGUACCGAGCCGCUCGCCAAGGCGCUGCUGGACCAGGAGCCCGCUGAGUUCAAGCUCCCUGAGCGGCUUGGGGAGAUCAACGACCCGCCCAGCUUCCGCGCUCGCGCCAUGUCCCUGGACUUGCAGCUACCUGUCUGGGGACGCGCUCGACUGAUUACAAGCCACCAGUUUUCGCACAUUGUUCGUUGUGAGUACGCUGAGGCCAUCGCGCAGCUCAGGGAGUGUCUGAUCACGAUGUCUAUUGAUUGUCACGCCAUUGUCAGCGUCGACGCCCAGGGCGGCCUGGGGAUUGGGGACGGAGAGACGGUUGGCCAAUACUCGGCCACCAAGAUGACAUGGCGGGGUGAGAUGCCAUUCGAUCUGAUGACUGAAGUCGACUUAGUUGCCACCAAUACUUUCUCCCGAGCCCGCUUCACGGACGCGGAGCAGAGCGACCACCUUCCCAUGCUAUUGCGCUGCCAUGCGUCCAAGGCUAUCCCGACCACCGAGCCCGAGCAAGCCAUCGAGGGCGCUGACCUGAUGGAGCGGCCGCCGCGCAAGCCCGUCGCCUGGCAGCUGGAAGACGCCUACCUGUUCAAUGAGACGGUCUGCUCGACGUUGCAGGCGCCGUACUCCCCGACCGCGGUGGGCGGCCUCGCCGAGGGCGACCUCGCGAACGCGCUGGGCAUCUUCACGGGCGGCUCGGCGCGGGGGCGAAGAUGCGGGAAGCACCUGGCUUCCUGCGCAGGAUGGAGCUUUGCCGUCUACCGCGCCACCUCGCCACACGACCAGGACGAGCCGAUGGUCGAGGCGUGUGGCCCUGUGGUCACCCAUCCUCAGGACGGUGGACUCAUCCAGGUGAUUGCCGACUCGACGUGCGUCCAGGGGCUCAUCACUGAAGUAUUCCAACCACGUGAGAAUGCUCCUUUGGCGACCCUGGCCGUGCACUUGUGGAAGAGGGCCGCCGCGUACUUUGACUUGCACGUAUGCUGGGUCAAGGGGCGCAGCGGCAACAUUGGCAAUGAGAAGGCGGACUUCUGGGCGAAACGGGGGGCUGACUGGCGCUUCAAAACUGCUCGCUGGAGACGGCCAUGCCCUGCUCACGAUUGGGGAGCGGAAGAGUACCGACAACGAGUGAGUGAACACAAGCUCGCCGAGACCAGAGCCCGCAAAAGGCGUUGCUCGGAGAUAUCCAGGGAGGAUGGCGGCGACACCUUCGCACAGCUCUUCAACCCGCAGCCAAGGCUGGCCGCGUGCUCCAGACAGGGCACCCCGUCCAUCUCCGCGCUGGCGAUGGCGAUCUCCGCUGGCGCAGCUGCGGCCGGCCGCGUCCCUCGACGGGGGCGCUGGAGACCUCCGCUGGGCGACCCCGAGCUCCUCCACCUGAUGCGCCUGGGGCAGCUGCGCGCGCAGGAGUCGGACCUACGCGCGCGGCGCCUGCUGGGGCCCGCGGUGGCCACGGCCGAGCGCGCCUUGAGGGGCCGCUGCAACGCUGUCAACUUGGAGCGACUGUGCGCGAGGGGGCGGGCCGACAGACCCUACCGCUCGGGCAAGCCCGUGUGCGAGCUGAAGACGGACGACGGCCAGAGCGCCAACGCCGCGCAGGCCCGCUGCGAGCUGACCCGCGCCUUCUACGCCAACCUGUUCGCCGACCCGACCAGCGACCAGGCUCUGCCCGCUUGGGUGUAUAGCCAGUGGGCCGCCGAGCACCAGCAGGCGGAGGCCCCUCUCUCCCUUCCUCUUCUCAAAACAGUCAUUGGGCAACUGACGAGUAGCAAAUCAUGCGCCGAGUCUGACAUGAUCGUGGCUGGGAUGAUCCAGGGGCUCCAGGACGAUGCCCUCGAACAGAUCCUCGCGGCUUUUCGUCUGCGACUCUGCAGCCACGUGAGUGAGUAUUUCGACCAGGCCUGGACAGAGCACGUUGUUCAGCUGAUUCGCAAGAAAACUGAAGCCCAGAAGGUGGCCGAGUUCAGACCCAUUGCCCUGGCCUCGGUGUUGCUGAAAAUCCGGUCGAUGAUGGCCCUGGAGGUCCAGCGCCCGAUCCUGGAGACCGAUCGUUCUGAGUGCCAGUUUGCGUUCCGCCGUAGCUAUCAGGGAGACCCCGCGGCGCCCGAAUUUAGCAGCGUUUUCCUGGAUGCGGACCUCCGCAAAUUCCAGCACCUCUGCCGUGAGAACGGGCGCGCCUGUGAGGACUUGGCCCUGGAUACCAACCGCUUCAUGGAGGAGCUGCGGCAGGAGGUUUUGGCUUUGAUGACGGAGAGCAUCAAAAGGAGCGCCUCCUUCUGCGCCUCCCUCUGCGCCGAGCGCGUCGUGGCCGCGCGCCGGGAGCUGCAGCUCCGCAUGGCGGAGGAGCGGCAAGAGCUCGAGCUGCGCUACAGCCUUCCGGCCGACGCGGCUCGGGACGAAGCCGCCGCGAAGAGGGCGCAGGAC